AAUAUUCUACUUCCGCAAAUGUUAUGUUCGAUGCAAGGGAAUCUGCUCAUGUCCCAUAUUGAUCAAUGUGCUGGUAAGAUCACAGGGACAUGAAAUUAUUGAGGAGUGGAGUGUAUCGUGAAAAUGAGCACCUGUAAACCUAUAGGCAAGUUAGCGGUUAUACUUAUAGAUGUCCAGCAUGCCUUUGUACUGGGUUCCUGGUCUGAAGGACGAGCUAUAAAUCACAUCGAAGAGUCCUUUGAGAAGUGCAAGAAACUGGUUCAAUCCCUGUCACCUGCUAUUCCUGUGCUGCUUACUCAGUGUCCCUUCAUCAACCCAAAGGAUCGAGCCUUCCACAGCAGUGUGAAGGAACUGUUUGAGGAGAGGAAUUAUCCUGUUGUGAACAAAUAUAAUACUAACAUAUUAGAGGCUGAUGGGGCCGAGUUCUGGGUUAGAAGUAUGCUUGAGAGACAAGUUGAUACAAUUGUCAUUGGAGGGUGUACAACCACCAGCUGUGUACGAGUUUCAUCGAUGGCUUUGUGUCAAAACUUUAAACAUGAUCCAGUCCAGUUUAUUGUAGACUUAAGCUUGUGUGGGGCAAGAGACAGCAAUUAUAUUAAAAGGUGCAAGGCCUGUAUGCAGUUAUACAUGAAUACAGGAGAAACCAGAAACUGUGACCUUUGUGUAAGUUCUUCUGGUUUGACUUCACCUGUGGAUUUGGCAGUGGAAUGUAUGUCAAAUGCUGGAGUCAUUGUAAAGGAACAAUUUGAUUGGUCAUCACACUCUGUCUAAAGCUUUACUCUUAGUUUGAUUACAAGUGAAGUCUAAUAGAACUAUGUAUUCAGAGUUAAAAUUAAUGUGAGAUCUGGCUUUCAUUUGAAUGAAGAAUUUUGUUUCUAAAAGAUUUAUUGAAUUUAAAUUGUGAAUUAGAUAAAUUUAAAUCAAUGUUACAAACUUACAGUUACACUGUUAAUUACUAUGUGAUUACAAAUAAAUGUGGACAUGUAUGGUGCUUAACAAAUAAUUGUAACCAAAUAAAGAAAACCUUUUGGAACUGUUAAUUACAGUAUGCUGCUGAAA